AUGUCCGACAUACUCGAAGUCGAACAACCGGGUCGUGAUGGGGCAAGAAAAUGCCCAAACAGGCAAGCCUAUAGCCAUGCAGCUACAUUUACCUUCACAAACAACUGCCCUUACACUGUAUGGCCAGGAGCCCUAACAGGCAGUGGCAGUCCUUUACCCUCAACCGGGUUCGAGUUAGCCUCCAAAGCCUCAUCAGACCUAACCAUACCGGCUCCAUGGAGUGGCCGUAUCUGGGCUCGCUCCGGUUGCACCACUGACCCUUCAGGCAAGUUCACCUGCGCCACAGCAGAUUGCGGCUCAGGUCAAAUCCCAUGCAAUGGCGCCGGUGCAAUCCCACCAGCUUCACUCGCAGAAUUCACUCUAGCUCCAAAUAGCGGAACAGAUUUUUACGAUAUUAGCCUCGUCGACGGGUUUAAUUUACCGCUUUCGAUAACCCCACGAGGCGGAAGUGGCUGCCAGAGUUCGAGUUGUCCGGCCAAUGUUAACGGUGUUUGUCCGCCGGAGUUGGCGGUGAAAGGUGCAGAUGGCGGUGUUGUUGCUUGCAAAAGUGCUUGUUUAGCGUUGAAUCAGCCGCAAUAUUGUUGCACCGGUUCGUUUGGUACGCCGGAGACGUGUCCGCCUACCAAUUAUUCGAAGGUUUUUAAGAGCCAAUGUCCUCAGGCUUAUAGUUAUGCUUAUGAUGAUAAGACUAGCACAUUUACGUGUAGUGGUGGAGCUAAUUAUCUUAUCACUUUUUGUCCAUGAUUGUCGUUUCAGGCUUUUUGGUUUGUCGU